AUGAGGCGGCUUGGUGCAGCACGUUCAGUUGCCCGAGGACAUUACAAACGAGAGAUUCAGCUGGGUUCCAGACUAAACGUGCCCGGUUGUUUGCUUCGUGAACCGCGAGUUGCAGACGAGGGUGAACGAAGUGAGAAGAAACGUUUACGCGGUGCGCUAGUCUCAUUGGAGGCGUCCAGAGCACCCGGGAGGUCAGAACGGCGAGUCCGUAGCUGGUGGGAACCAGUAUGUGAAUCCAUGCAGUUGAAGGAGGGUUCAACGGAAGUCAGCGGUUUUCGAGCACUAGAACCAUGGGUUAUUCGAGUGCCCACGGGACUUUCGUUGGCCUGA